AUGACACUUCCCCAUGUUAACAAAACAAAAUGGUUACUUUAUCUGAAAAUACUUUACGUCGGUGAUAAUGUUACAUUUCACUGCCACAUUUUGGAUAAGGAUCUUAAAUUUGUUUACUGGUAUAAACAGUCUCUUGGUUAUAUGGUUGAAAAAGUAGCUAGUGUAGUUUUAGGUAAAUUGGAGGUAUAUGAAAAAUUUAGAGCUUCUGGCUUUGACACGAGAGCAGAUGGAGGUCAUUAUGAUCUCACAAUCACAAAUGUGACCAAAGAGGAUGAAGCAACAUACUUAAGUCACGCUGGGACAACAUAUUCACAGACGUUCAUCUAUGGCAAAUUCCUAGCUGUGAAUGAUCAUAAACAGCAGAAAUCGCUAUAUUUGGAACAACAUCCCACGACUGAGUUGGUUAAACAGGGAGACACUGUAACUCUUCAGUGUUUUAUUCUCUCAAAGAACAAAGAAAAAGUUGAAUGCCCGACUAAACCCAGGAUUUACUGGUUCAGAGCUGAAUCUGAUCGAUUCCAUCCUGGCAUCAUUUACACUCAGGGGAACAUCAGUGACAAAGUAAUGGAAAGAAGCUGUUCCUACAGUUUAUCUGUUCGAGACUCGUCUGAUGCUGGAAUUUAUUACACCGCUGUGGGCACAUGUGGAUCAAUACUGUUUGAUGGAGGAACUAAAGUAGCGACAAGACCAGAAUCAGACCCUAUAGUUCUUGUCCUUGGAGGACUUUUGGCCUUUAGUGUUUCUAUAAUUUUUCUAUUAAUUGUCAACAAUAAAGGAAAGAUCAUCUAUCACCACCACAAAGGACAACUAUGUGACAUUGAGUAUACUGAAAAUACCAAUUUAAGUUCUGGAUUAAUCAAGUUUGAUGAAACCACCGAAGCCAACUAUGUAGAGGAGAGACCAGGAAUAAGGAGAGGAAGAAAGCAUCAACAGUGCGAGAAAAGCUUUAGCACAAUGAUCGCAAGAUUGACUGCAAUGAUCUUUCUCACAAUAAUGUCUCUUAUUCAUACCCUUCAGCCUUCCGGCCUCAUCCCUUUAACUGUGGUUGACGUCGGUGAUAAUGUUACAUUUGACUGCAACAUUUUGGAUAAGGAUCUUAAAUUUGUUUACUGGUAUAAACAGUCUCUUGGUUAUAUGGUUGAAAAAGUAGCUAGUGUAGUUUUAGGUAAAUUGGAGGUAUAUGAAAAAUUUAGAGCCUCUGGCUUUGCUAUGAAAACAGAGGGAGGUCAUUAUGAUCUCACAAUCACAAAUGUGACCAAAGAGGAUGAAGCAACAUACUUAUGUCACGCUGGGACAACAUAUUCACAAACAUUCAUCAGUGGCACAUUCCUAGCUGUGAAUGAUCAUAAACAGCAAAAAUCGCUAUAUUUGGAACAACAUCCCAAGACUGAGUUGGUUCAGCAAGGAGAGAUUGUGACUCUCCAGUGUUUUAUUCUCUCAAAGAACAAAGAAAAAGUUGAAUGCCCGACUGAACCCAGGAUGUACUGGUUCAGAGCUGAAUCUGAUCGAUUCCAUCCUGGCAUUAUUUACACUCAGGGGAACAUCAGUGACAAAGAUCUGGAAAGAAGCUGUUCCUACAGUUUAUCUGUACGAGACUCGUCUGAUGCUGGAAUUUAUUACAGCGCUGUGGGCACAUGUGGAUCAAUCCUGUUUGGUAGAGGAACCAAAGUGGAGACAACUAAAGAGAUUGGCAGCCUUGUGAAAACACUUACGGGACUGUUGGCCUGCUGCUUUGUUCUUAUUUUCCUCCUAAUUAUCUAUAUAAAAUGGAAAAGAAAUUGCAAUCAGAGCAAAGUUCAAGUUGGUGGUCACAGUCUGGUGGAGGAUGAUAAAUCAAGAGCUGUUUCACCAGGAAUCUUGGAUGAUGAAGCAAAAGUUGAAAACUAUGCAUCGGUCCACAAAUGGGUUAGAAGAGAUAAUGAGAAGAAGGAGCAGCCACAAGAAUGUGUUUACUCUGCUGUCAGAACCAAUAACUGCCAUACCAAACUCUCUUCACUUUAAUUGUUACACGAUGCAUAAAUGUGUAAGUUUUUUUGUGGAAUUAGUUGAUUAGAUAUAUUUCACAGCCAAAUCCAAAUUACAUGAAUAUGAAAAAAUCUGCA